UUAUAAUAUGUGAAAUAAAAUAAUUUAUUACUGAUAACCCUUCACUAUGUUUUAAAUACUAAUUGCUUUUGUUUCUGGCAACUAGAGCACUGGACUUCUGCUACCACGAGGAAUCAGAUUCGGUGACACUACUGGAGGCAGUAGACAUGUGUGUCACUGUUGUUGCUUACUCUGCCGACUCCAAGAGAGGUCAUCAGAUGCUGACAAUACUGGAAGCAAUUUUGGGACUGGUACUUCGGCACCUGCAGGCCACGGCUGGACGGGACCUACGACAAGAGAAGGAAACCAUUCAUCACGUAGCUGUAGCAAUGAAGACCCUUGUUACCAACUGUGAACCACUGGCCAAGAACUACACAGGACCACAAAAAUCAGCUGGAGAAGGAAAGGGUUCAAGUCGGGUUACGUAUUCCAAGACAUCAAAGGCGUACAAUCCUGCCAUAGAUAUUGAUGAUGACUCUCAUUCCAAGUACAUGAGUGAUUCCAAGAGAUAUCAAGCCUAUGAACGUGAUAUGGAAGAUUCUGAGGCACUGCGUCACGAUUUCCGACAGCCUCGUGAUACACUACUGAACGUUGUAGCAGAACUGUUAACUACAUGUUCACAAAGACUGGCAGAAAUAAACAAGAAAGCUGGACAAGAGAGCAAACAUUCUGACCUUUUGGAUACUAAGUGUCACCUUCGUUUAGCAGAGGUUGCUCACAGUCUGCUGAAGGUGGCCCCAUACGACCCAGCAACGAUGGGUUGUCGAGGACUCCAGCGCUACAUGAAUGAAAUCCUUCCCUAUCCAGACUGGUCUCACGAAGACCUCAGACCAGCCCUAGUUAACAUUCUUAGAAGAUUAGAUAAAAUGUUCAAUAAGAUUGCCAAAAAGAACUCCAUAAGGAGAAACACGGACUGGGGAGCUGCAGCCAACCUAUUGAAGGGUGUUUAUACAACCCUCUCCAAGUACCCUUACAUUGCUCAUCUGCCGCACCUCAAGAUGGUCGUACAAGUCUGCCAGUCGCUGAUUCUGGGUGAGAGAGUUGGAGACUUGGAGGGUCAGAGUGUGGCUCCUGGCUGGUCACACUCACCUCCUCCACACUUCUGUUCCAUGGUAGUAAAGAUCUUAGCCAUGCAAAUCCUAGCUCUCGGGAUGUUCAGCGAUGUAACUGGGGUGACGUUCUCACUGGAGCAGAUCUGUGGUGGUUCAUCACUCUUCCCAACACCAGAGAAGACGGAAAACAUGAUUAUGAACCUCCUCCUGCCCAUGUGCCUCCGUGUUGGUUGUGGACGUAAAGAUGCUCCUAGAAUGCGUCAAGCAGACAUCAGCUUCGCACUUACCGUUGUCCUGCACGCUAUGAAUCCACCAUUGGCCAAAAUUGCACCUAUACAUGGCCCCCAGGCCAAGACUGUGCCAGGUUCUGACCCACGUUCCCAGUCCUGGUCACACCACCAGCUUGAUCCUCGUGCCUAUCCUAAGGUUAAGUCAACAAUUCUGCAUAUAGCUUUCUUAGGGCUUAAAGUUAUGAUGGUAUGUUUUGAAAAGCAGUUAUCACAAGAUUGGCAUCGUAUUCUGCAUUGUCUUCGAGACUUGGACUCCCGGGGUGAAGGUGGAUUAGCUCUCUGGGACUUCCUCGACUUUGUUGUCUCCUGCCGGACGCCGCUCUUCAUUCAGAUGAGACCAUUCAUACUUACUAAGCUUCUGCGACAGUGUACAGACGAAGGCAGUGAACAAUAUCAGCUGAUCAUUCGUGACCGUAUCCAUGGAUGGUCAUUACCACCUCCCAGAUGCCGAGGAUCUUUCCUACUUGAUCUUGCUCACCAAGUGAAGCAGCUAAAGGAAGAAGUCAUUUCUGCUAAAGUAACAGACAUGCGACCAUCAGCAUUAGAAAUUCAGAGUGAGAUGUCUCAUCUGUCUCGACGACAUAGGAUGUCAUAUGCUGGCCCUCCAUCCGAGUGCCCAACUCGACCUCUGACCUCUCCUCCCCAUAGGUCAAAAGGUGAGGACAGUAGUGUGUCUACACCUACCAGCCCAGGUGAGUGUGGUGGGACGGUGAAUGGCAGCCAGGAGAGUGUUCGUAGUGGUGUGCGACCAAGACUACAGCGGCAGAUGCUCCAGCUAGGAAGACUUUCCAGUUCCGGAAAGCAAACACAGGAGCGACAACCUCAAGUUGCUCAUAUUGACGUUGAGCCAACUCGUCUUCCUCCUGUGACAGGUACACAGAUAGUGACGGGCGAGGACCCAGCUCUCAGGGAACUUUCUGUCUCACUUAUUCCUGAAGAUGACUUCGCAACCACCACCACCAAAAGAGAAAAGUCUAAGACCACUGUUAUACAACCUGAACCCGAAAGCGUCAGUGAGAUAAGCUACAUGGAAACCUCUACAAUAUCUGGAUAUCGUGAAAGCUUUGGCGGCUUUGACACGAGUCUUCAGGAUCUUGAACGCUUAGAGAUGCAGGUUCGAUCAGGGAAAUAUAAAGAGCCAUUGACAGGACCUGUUGGACCACCGCCAAGAAAGACUUCAAUGGUUGAGACACAAUUCCAGGAUCCUGAAUCGUUCAGCGAAAAGAACGCUGAGGUGGUUGGUGCUUCUAGCCCAGAGAUGCAGGUACGGUCUGUACCAUCACCAGCUUCCUGCAAAGUGGAAUCAUCUGAGAGGGCCAGUGGUCGUGUGCAGGAGUCUCACAGGCCGGAUGCUGCAGCACACACUAAUCAAAUCCAAUAUCCUCAGUCAUCCUACGUCUCUCGUGCUCCACGCUCGGAACAGUCUUCGGUAUCUGUGCAACAACCUCCCUUAACUCAUGUAGGAUACUCACUGCAGUCUAUCCACACCUUGGAACAACCUCACGCAACUCUUAGUGCUCAUAUUGGACAUACUCCUCAUCCAACCUGCACUACUCUUACCUCACAUGUUCCUCACCCAACCCACACUACCCUUUCCUCACAUGUUUCUCACCCAACCAACACUACUCUUCCCUCACAUGUUCCUCAACCAACCCACACUACUCUUACCUCACAUGUUCCUCACUCAACCCACACUACUCUUACCUCACAUGUUUCUCAUCCAACCCACACUACUCUUACCUCAUAUGUUCCUCAAUCAACCCACACUACUCUUACCUCACAUGUUCCUCACCAAACCCAGACUACUCAUGUCUCCCACCCCUCUCAACUUACCAAAAGUAUUCGUGUCUCACAUCCUUCUCGGCCGGCUCACAGUGCUCUUACCUCACAUCCUCCUCACGCUACCCAGAGUACUCUAGCUUCACAUCCGCCUCAUCCUUCCCAAGGAACUCAUAUCUCUUAUGCUCCUCACUCAACUCACGCACACCAUUCUGUUCAUUUCUCAGAUCUUUCUUACAAGACUCAUGCUGGAAAAGUUCAUUCACAACCUUUAACGUUUUCACAGUCUUCGCAUUUUUACAGUUUCCCCACUUCAUUAUACGGUCAAGUACCUCAGUCAGCCCAACCAGUAGAUCCGUCAUCUUCCUGUGUUCAUCAAACAGUGUUUUCUGACCAGGCUAUCCAUACCAGUCUCCCUGACCAAUAUACUUAUGCGAGCCGUGCAGUCCACCAUGUCCAUACUUACCAUUCUCCUCAUAAAAUAAGCCAACCACAUACCCAUUCGAGUCAUGCAGUUUCAGCGCCGUCAGCAUGUUCAAGUAAUACAGUAGAGUCAGUCUCCUCUACACAGGAUACACACACGGUAUAUACUCCGCAAUAUAUUCGUCAUGUUCAUGAUGUGUCCCCCGUGCAGACAGCACGUGGUGUUCCAUCACUCCAGAUUAGAAAACGAGUACACCAAAGUCAUUCAGCUCAGCCUGACCAUUCUGUGAUCGUUUCUCAUCCUGGUCGUUCAGCUCAAUGUACCCAGCACCUCCAUCACAGUCUCACAACUGGUAGUACCUGUCAUGACCAUGGAAGUUACUCGGUUACCUCUGGACAGCCCUCACACGAUACACAAAGCACCCAGCAUACCCCGCCGACAAAACCAGCACACUCCUCAUGCUUAGUCCAGCCUUCCCACCCUACUGUUUGGAGACAUUCUUGGACCGAAGGAGAAGCAAAAGAACAGCGAGUCUGGACGAGACCUGAUAGGGGUAGCAUGCCAAGGUUUGAGUAUGAAGAAAUGGUAGUGUCUGAACAUACCUAUGAAGGGGAGAGUAUACGUAGACAUGAAUGGGAAGGACAGGCAGAAGGAAGGUCAGAAGAUGGUCUGACACGAGGAGAACUUGCAUCGUUGUUGAAACGUCUUGAACAUCGCACUCCAUCAGAACAAUCUUUGCUUGUUGCAGAGAGGGAUGAAGAUACAUUAAUAUAAAAUACACAAGCUAAACAAUACCCCGAUCUUUAAUUGAUCAUAAUAAAAUAAUGGGUUAGGGUCUGUUAUACCUAAAGUUAUGUAGUAACCCUAGAACAGGUUCUGCAUAAAUGGUUACUUAAACUUUAUGCUGCAUGUGUGUUGUGGCUACUUUGUGGUCAUUCUAUGUGACAGAAAUACGCUGCAGUUAAUUUAGCGUUUCAGUAAUUUUUUUUAUUAUGGAGUGAAGUUGUGAUGCACUUAAACCCAUGUACUCAUGUACUGUAACACGUGAAUAUAUGCUUUAUUUUUAGGUCUUACAGCACAUUAUACAACAAUUAUUAGAAUGAAAAUGACACUGCAAUUUAGGCAGCUGUUAUUUAGUCAAUUUAAAACAUUUUUAAUUCUUUGUAGAUGAAUAUUUCUUCUUCCCACAACGGCAGUUAGUAUACUCAAGACAGGCAGUUUCCCAAAUAGUUGAUGAAAUAUGUCGUACUGAAUUGGUAAACUUGGUCAAUUAACAAGUACUCAUUUCAAAUUAAGUCCUUUCUGAAAUAUUCUCUUAUACGUUUAAAGAUAUAUUUUUUUCAUUUA